GGCACGCCCCCGAAGAUGCACCCCGUCCCUGUCAUCUCUACUAUAUAUACUGGCAGAAGCGUCUUCCCUCACCACUCACCACUGACCGCUCACAUCUCAUCACUGGACAUGGCUCACCAGGUGCUCAUAGUUCUCUGUCUGGUCUUGGCGGCAGUGAAUGCCGGGAAACUCGCCGCCCCCGUUGCACCAUAUGCCGCACCCUACACAGCAGCUGGAGCUUACGGUGGAUAUAGAGGUUACGGUAGAGGUUAUACUCCUGGAGCCUACGGUGGAGCUUAUGCUCCUGGAGCCUACGGUGGAGCUUAUGCUGCUGGUGCCUACGGUGGAGCUUAUGCUGCUGGUGCCUACGGUGGAGCUUAUGCCCCUGGGGCUUACGCUCCUGGCGAGUACGACCCCAACCCUCAGUACACAUUCAGCUACAACGUCGCCGAGCCGCUGACUGGAGACUUCAAGGACCAGGAGGAGACCCGCAACGGAGAUGUGGUACAAGGACGCUACAGUCUGUUGGAAGCCGAUGGCUCCAGGAGGGUGGUAGAGUACACUGCUGAUCCUGUUGGAGGAUUUAACGCCGUCGUCAGCAAGGAGGGAGGAGUCGCUGUUCCUCCCGGUGCCGCCCCCGGUGUUACCGCCCCCGUUCCAUAUGCCCGACCAGGAGUCGCUCCCUACGCUGGUUAUGCUGGCCGUGUUGCUCCUUACGGCGCUGCCCCUUACGCUGCUGCUCCUUACGCUGCUGCUCCUUACGCCGCUGCUCCUUACGCUGCUGCUCCUUACGCUGCUGCUCCCUAUGCUGCUCCUUAUUCCGCAGCUGCCGCUCCUUAUCGUGCGUGGUGAUAUUUGUUAUGAUUAAUAUAUGUACAUAUUUUGUAGAAUACGGAUAUACUAUAUAAAAUACAUGUUAUUGAAUAUGCUA